UAAGUGUAGCCCCGUGCUUUCACUGACACAGGAAGCAGUUGCUUCAGUGCUGCUGAAAAUUGCUCUUAGGAUCAAAAACACCUUUUCAGCAGCUAGACCACGAUGUAGAAUCACCAGGCGAGGUAUCUGUCACUAGUCUAGUAUCCGAUCCAAUGAAAAUCACAUUUGAGGUGUUAAGAAUUAGUUUUAUUUCCCUAAAGGGACAUACGUCGGCAGUAUGAGCAUCAGGUAGACGGCUGCUUGAAGGGAUUAUGGGAGACAGGAGCCAUGUCAGAAGACACGCUAAGAAACUCCCAGGCUUCCUUUCAGGCGGUGGCUCUUCGGGUUUUUGAUCUUCCUCAUUCAUUGUACAACUCCCUUCCUCAGAUAAAGUUUUCCCCCAGUGUUAAGAAGCUGUUUGCAGUAACAGUUUUCAGUGCGGUGUCUCUCAUUUUUCUUGCCCGUCACUUUAAAAGAAGAAAAGGGAAAACAAAUAAAAAUGCAACAUCUCCAUGGGAACAGGAGCAGUUUGUACCAGAAUUCCUCAGAACUGUGCCUUCAGAAAAAGAUUCCAGUCGCACAAGUAGUCGUCAGAACCUGAGCCUUUCCCUAAACUCCAAGGGUCAGUCAUGUAGUAUGUAUUUGAAUGGAGAGCUGUACAGCAAGUUUUCAGGCUCAGUACAGAGUCUGGCCUCGGUGAAGAGUGCCAAUUCUUCAAACAGCUGUGCUUGUGCCAGCCACUCCUGGGAUAAAGCAGCAGAUGAUAUUGCAAUGAGUUUGGUCAAUAUCCCUGUAACUACUCCUGAAAACCUGUACCUGAUGGGCAUGGAGUUGUUUGAGGAGGCCCUGAGACGCUGGGAACAGGCCCUGACCUUUCGCAGCCGCCAAGCCGAGGAUGAGGCCAGCUGCAGCUCCAUCAAACUGGGGGCUGGAGACGCCAUAGCGGAGGAGAGCGUGGAGGACAUCAUUAGUGCUGAAUUCAUCCACAAACUGGAGUCUCUGCUGCAGAGAGCUUACCGCUUGCAGGAGGAGUUUCAGGUCACUCUGGGGGCUUCAGACCCCUCGUCUCUUGCUAAUGACAUUGAUAAAGACACAGACAUCACCGUUAAAGAGGAUUCUGAUGACUUCUGUCUGAGGGACACAUUGAGCAUCGCAUCUACAGAUUCAUUUGUCUCCGCGGCUGAGCUGUCAGAGCAGAGAGAGCUUCGGAAUGCCUUCGCUCUGAGUGCUCUGUGUCACUGCCCACUGUAUGAAGAGGCUCUGCAUCAGGCCGAGGAAGGGAAAAUCUCCUGCAGAGUGCUGAGGACAGAGAUGUUGGAGUGUUUGGGGGACACUGAUUUUCUCGCCAAGUUGCAUUGUGUGCGCCAGGCAUGCCAGGUCUUUCUCUCUGAAGCUGGAACUCGGACAUUUCUUGCUGAAACAGGAAAAAAGAUUUUGUCAGCUAUAAUAGUGAAAGCACGCAAGAGCCCGAAGAGAUUUGAGGAGGUCUUUGAGGAAAUGAUGGAUUUCUUAGAGCAAACAGACCACUGGGAGAACACCAAACUAGAACUUGCUACACGAGGGGUAAAGCAUCUGAAUUUUUAUGACAUAGUCCUGGACUUCAUUCUGAUGGAUUCUUUUGAAGAUUUAGAAAACCCGCCCAUUUCUAUCCAGAAUGUUGUCAACAACCGCUGGCUCAACAGUUCUUUUAAAGAAACCGCAGUGGCUUCCAGCUGUUGGUCAGUACUGAAGCAGAAGAAGCAACACAUGAAGGUGCCCGAUGGCUUCAUUGCACACUUCUAUGCUGUAUGUGAACACAUCAGCCCAGUUUUGGCUUGGGGAUUACUUGGGCCCAAAAGCUCCCUGCAUGACUUCUGCUCCUUCUUUAAGGAUCAGGUGCUGUUCUUUCUCAAAGACAUUUUCGACUUGGAGAAGGUGAGGUACACCAGCACAGAGAGCCUGGCGGAGGACAUGCUGCAGCUGCUGCACCACCGCUCCGAGCUCCUCAUGGCUUACCUGGGAGCAGAGGCUCUGAGGCACGUCAACGGCUGCGUGAGCGGCCAGACCCAUGUGGUGACCAGCGGACUGCCGGAGUCACGUGUGCAGUGACCAGCUUUGCUCUGUUAGCUUCAGCACUUUGGUGUCUUUGAAAAUAUUAGCACCUCAAAAUGCACAGCAAUGCAAGUUCAAGAUGGACUCAGGGAAGGUUUCCACAGAAUGGUAUCGGGUUCAAAAUUCCAAUGUUGUUGUUGUUGUUAUUAUUAUUAUUAUUAUUAUUAUUAUUAUUAUUAUAUAAAUGUUGCUAAUAUUUGUUUGGUUUUAAACCUGGCGAGAUCUAUUGAACAACUUGAAAGAAAAGGAUUUGCUGUUCAUCUUGGUGGCUGUUUUAAUUUGAAAUACUGUAAUCCGUGCAAUAAUUGUGUUGCACCUUAGAUUUAUGGAAUUAUAUCUGCCAAAUUGUUAUGUGAAUUUUUUCCUUAACAAUCAGUGUGUGGCCAUGAAAUGAGUUGUCGCUUGUCAUAUGAAUAUUUAAUGCUCUGUUAUGAUUGUAAACCUAAAGCCACGUUGCUGCUUUGUAUGCCUUGUUGGAAAACAGAUUUCAACACUAUGUAAUCACUGCUAGACCUUGAUAGAGGUUUUCUUUUGAGAUUGUAUAUGGAUCUCAAACGGCUGGUACAUGCUUAGCACCCUUAUAUUUGAAAUACUGGAAGCUUACGUUUGUGCAAUGAAAUGCAGUGAAUGUAUCACUCUGUUCUUUAAUGUGCAAAAGCCUUACUCACGGUAUGCAAAUCCAUCAUUGUUCUGAUUUUGGGGUGACAAUGAUCAGAGCAGACCUGAUUGGCGAAACAGGUAUGUUAACAUGCACUUAGUAUUUUGCAUACUACAGUAAGAUGCAUUUUUUGUUUGUGGAAUAUGCCAUUCCUAUAGAAUUUCCUGCAAAAUUGGAGCUCAUGGACAGAAAUCCAUUUUUAAACAAAUGAAGUUGUGUGAAUGUUUCUUUCGGGAUUCUGCAAAC